AUGGACCUCGAACGACACGAGUUCAGCUCCGAUCAGUCCAUACGCCGAAGAAGAAACUUCGCUCGGAAGCGGCUACGGAACAAAACGGCACUCUCUGCGCGUCUCUCGCUAGAUCACCGUUUGCGCGGCAGUGUUGGCGUCGUCUCAGACGAUCUGGCCAACGACCUCUUCCAGCCCCCAGAUCCAACUGAUGACUUUCAAGAUGACUCCGGUAUACGUUAUAUCGCGAUUUCUCCAUACUUGCCCGGCCCGAGUUCCGUUGAGGCUUUGACGUGGACUAUUGUGCCAGUUCGGCCGCAGUCGGCCGGUCGCUCAAAUGAAUCGCCGCUGCCUAAGUCGACAAUCAUAUUCCCCGACUCUGCUGAUUCCCUGCAGCCGUUUGUCCGUGCUUUGAGCAAGCUCGACCCCACCCGGCAGUCUCCGCAUACACUACGGUUGAUUGAGAUCCGCGUUAUGGACGUUGUUCCUUUGCCGUUGGAUACAAUCUACGUGACCGUGGAGCGGGAUCUUCUGCGCAAUCAUGAUGAUGUCCAGAGCAGAUUUGGAGGAGGAUUCACGUCUAACAUGAACGGGCCCAAUGGGCUCUGGGCGAAGGGGAAGGGGGCAGAAUCCAAAAAAUACUCAAAGAAGGCUGCCGCCGAGGUAGAAGGAAGGCUCACAGCCGCGGUGCGCGAGGCGCUGGGGACGCAGCGGGUGGUGCAUACCGGCGAUUCGCUGCCGCUCCCUCUACCGCCGCAUCCGAUCACCUAUGCUCCAGCGCCUCCAGCCCUAAUUUCCUUCUGUGAACCGGUCUCGCAAGGCCUCCUGCUGCCCACCACCAAGAUCGUACUCAUUCAGGCACGCCCACACGGCAAUCGCGCCCAGCGAAGCUUGCGGCCAGCGUCCGGCUUCCUCAAACAAGUGGCCGAGGACGAGGCAGACGACACUUCCAACGAGCAGUUCUACUCGGCUGCUGAGGAUAAACCGGUUGAUGACAGCACCGAGAUGGAGAGCACAUCCAACGCGGAAGAAUCCGAAACUGAAGGAUCCGGCGGGAACACGAGCGAUACGUCAGACGACUCGCUGGAUGACAUGAUUUCGCUUAGUGCACCCGAGCUACCGCAGCCGGCCACAGGUGUCAUGUCUGGGAUGACUUCUGCUACGCCUCGCGCUCGACGCAUGGAUGGGAUCCAUACUCCUGGGUCGAUGGUGUCGAACCUCACUUCCUCCACUCUCCGUCCUGGCCGGCAGGGCGGCGGGAAGGUGUUCAAAGCAGAGGGCUUGCUGCGUAGGGUCCCGAACGAACUCCUCUACCCGAAGCCAAGGGACGAUGACGAUGUGGAGGCCGUAGUCUUUGUGGACAUCAGCACAUUAGCCAAGAUCGGCUGCUUUUCCGGGGACUGGGUUCGCAUUGAGGCGUCCGAAGAGCCGCAAGCAAACAUUUUCUCCUCUAUUAAUCUCGGAAGCUUUAAUGAACAAUACGGAGAGGGCGAUUGGCGCGCAGUCAAGAUUUACGGUCUGCCUGGGCUUCCCUCUGCCAAGCCUCGCUAUUCGAUCAAGCAAUCUGGUGAUAGGCGUUUAAGCUUUUCCCAACGGCCUGGUGUGCGCAUGACACCGUCAGUCUUUGUACCACCAUUACUGCUCAAUAAUAUGGAUAAUCCAAGAUACCUCCGUAUAUCUCCAAUGAGUCUCGGUGGCAUCGGGGUUCCCAAGUCCGGUGUUUUGCAUCAGAUGAAAACGGCAGCUCGCAGCCCCCCUGUGGCGAAGGAGGUGACCUUGCUAAAGGUCAGCACGCCGGUUUCAAUGGAUCGUGCGUUGCAACCAGCCCUCUUUUCGGCCCUAAAACAGUAUUUCGAGUCGAAGCGGCGACUCCUAAAAAGUGGCGAUCUACUUGGAAUCAGCAUCGAUGAAACCCUCGGUAGGGCUGUUUUUGCGGGGACUGGUGCCGAUGGUCAGGACGAUGACAUUACAACCAAACUAGGGCCUGGGCUUGACACUAACCGAGCUGGGCCGAAGAAAAUCGGCGUUGCUUGGUUCCGUGUCGGUCAAGUCAUUCCUAGCUUGCCCGAGGAUCAGGAUGACUUUGGCGAAUUCGAUUGGGGAGGUGUUGCUGUUAUAGAUUCAGCAACUACGCGGAUGGUCCAGGCUGGCAGCGACGUCAGCCGUAUUCCGAACACGCUCAACAACGGCUGGGAAUACUGGCUCGGGACUAAAUCUAUCCCAAAGCCAGUAGUCGACACGCAAACGAUACAUGGUGUCGUUACCGAGGUGCCGCAACCAUUCGUCUCGCCUAUUCAGCAACGCGUCCGGGACCUUAUGGCUGUAGCUACGAGCUCCCGCGCGAUUCAGCUUGGAAUGAAGCCGGUGGUUAUCCUUUUGAGAUCGCAACAACGGCAUAUCGGCAAGGCCAGUUUGGCGACUCGGGCGUGCGCAGAAAUUGGGCUUCAUACCUUCCCUAUCGAUGCCUACGACAUCCUGACCGAAGGCGGUGCCAACGGUGGCGAUGUCAAGACCGAGGCUUAUCUUAAAGCUAGAGCGGAGCGGGCCUUCCAUUGCGGUGCUGACUGCACGGCUCUUCUAAUCAAGCAUAUUGAGGUUUUGACUGCGGACCGAAUAGUCUCUGCCAUGACUGAGAUCCUGGCUGACGCUAGGGUUAUUAUUGCCACCACCACGGACGUGGAGCAGAUCCCUGAGGCUAUCCGGAGCAUGUUUACGCAUGAGUUCGAGCUUACCGCUCCCGAAGAGAAAGAGCGAGAGGGCAUACUGCGGAACGCCGUCUCCGAGCGCAGUAUCAAACUGGCACCAGACGUCGAUCUAGGCACGGUCGCCCUCAAAACGGCGGCUCUUGUUGCUGGAGACCUAGUGGAUGUCGUCGAGCGCGCCUCGGUUGCGCGGUCCACUCGAUUGGAGAAGCUUGCUGAAUCCGCGAGCAAACAAUCGCCCACCUCCAAGAUUACUGUCCGGGACGUCCUCCUUGCUGGGGGAGAGGCAGUGCGAGGAGUUACCAAGGCGGAUUUUGAUGCCGCUGUAGACGCGGCGAGGAAGAACUUUGCUGACUCUAUUGGCGCUCCAAAGAUUCCUAAUGUCAGCUGGGAAGACGUUGGCGGAUUGACGAACGUCAAGGAUGCUCUAGUUGAGACCAUUCAGUUACCUUUGGAGCGGCCCGAACUGUUUGCAAAGGGCAUGAAGAAGAGGAGUGGUAUCUUGUUCUACGGUCCUCCUGGCACUGGAAAAACCCUUCUCGCCAAGGCCAUCGCCACGGAAUUCUCCUUGAACUUCUUCUCUGUCAAGGGGCCGGAACUGCUCAACAUGUACAUUGGUGAAUCUGAGGCGAAUGUCCGACGCGUUUUCCAGCGGGCGCGCGAUGCACGCCCUUGUGUUGUCUUCUUCGAUGAACUCGACUCUGUUGCUCCUAAACGAGGUAAUCAAGGCGACAGUGGCGGUGUCAUGGAUCGAAUCGUCAGUCAGCUUCUUGCAGAGCUCGACGGUAUGAACGGCGGAGAGGAGAACAGCGGCGGCGUGUUUGUCAUUGGUGCCACCAACCGACCUGACCUUCUCGACACGGCCCUUCUUCGUCCCGGCCGUUUCGACAAGAUGCUGUACCUUGGAGUUUCUGAUACUCAUGAGAAGCAAGCCACCAUCCUCGAAGCUUUGACGAGAAAGUUUGCUCUCGCUCCGGACCUCUCGCUCGCCCGCGUCUCCGAACGGUUACCUCUUACAUAUACUGGUGCCGAUCUCUAUGCCCUUUGCUCCGAUGCCAUGCUCAAGGCAAUCACACGCAAAGCUACAGCAGUAGAUGAAAAGAUUAAGCAACUCCCAGGCGGUCCGGUCAGCACAGCGUACUUCUUCGACCAUCUUUCCACUCCUGAUGAUGUUGCCGUGAUGGUCACCGAGGAAGAUUUUGUCGCGGCGCAGAGCGAGCUUGUUCCUAGCGUCAGCGCCAAAGAAUUGGAGCACUUCGAACGCAUCCGCCAAAUGUUCGAAUCUACCGACAAGGACAAACAGAAACAGGACGCCAAUCCAGCACCCACGCCGAACACAAUCGGCGACGCAAUUGAGGCCCUCAAACUUGGACACGAUAUAAAUGGCUACAUCGGAGACCCUGUCACAAAUGGCGGCGACCAACCACUCUCUCCUACCGGCACAGGCAAAGGGAAAGGGAAACAGCCAGCAUAUGGCAGCAUGCGGAGUGUCAGCGGGCAGUCUGUAAGCAGCAGUAGAGGCAAGGGCAAAGCUGCCACUUCUGGCGGGAAGUCAUCCUUGAAGAGCAAGUCUGUUUCUGCCGCGAAUGGCAACGCCGACUCGGACUCUUCCCUUGAUGGGCCUUUGAUGGGCUCGGGCGCUCGAGGUGGUGUCAAUAGUGAUGGAGAUGAUGAUGAUGACGAUAAUGAUUAUAUCGUAAGGACGGAUCAUUUGGCAAAGACGGAUGCCGACGGUGAGGAUGUUGACUAAGUUCAGUGGUUGCACUGAAACUUCCGUUGUAUAUAUUACUCUUGUUCACGUGGAUGUAUAGGCCGUGUUCUAUAAUAUGUCUAUAUACUGUG